UGAUCAUGUUGUCCACGUCCCUUCAGAAAGAAAGUCCUGAUGAUGUAAGUCCAGCAGAGAUUUUUCUUGCAAACUCCAAAGUGAAGGAAGGUCAAGAAGUGAAAUUUAAGUGCAAAGUUACUGAUGUAAGAACACAGAGGGUUUAUGUGCACCUCUGCAAGAGCGGUGACACAUUAAAGACAGCUGAGCUUGAAGAAAAUAAAGAUGACACAGUGUUCGUCUUUGACAGAGGAACUAUAAAGCAUUCUGGCUUGUACACCUGCUUUUAUUCGGUGGAGAAACAUGUUGACUGUAAGAUGAAUAUAACAGGACGUAACUCAGUCUCGCUGGAAGUUUUCGAAAGAUUUGAUGAUCUACAUCCAGCAGAAAUUUUUCUCUCAAAUUCCAAAGUGAAAGAGGGUCAAGAAGUGAAAUUUAAGUGCCGAGUUACUGAUGUAAGUACGGGGAAGGUUUAUGUGCACCUCUGCAAGAAUGGUGGAACAUUAAAGACAACUGAACUUAAUAAAGAUGAUGCAGUGUUUGUCUUUGACAAAGCUACUGUAAACCAUUCUGGCUUGUACUCCUGCGUUUACUCAGUGGAGGAAGACGCUGCAUGUAAGAUGAAUAUAACCGGACGUAACUCAGUCUCACUGGACGUUUUCGGUGAAAUUUUGCCAGCAAAGAUUACAGGAUCAAAGAGUUCUUUAAGAGAGGGUGAAGACCUGACUCUGACAUGCAGCAUCACAGUGAAUAUAGACUGCAUUGAAAUCUAUGUUUACCUGUGUUUAAAUGGUACUGGGAACAGCAUCAGGACAGCGAACUGCAGCAGUAACUCAUUUUCCACAACCUUCCUUCUCAGUAAUGUUGAACAACAACACUCAGGUAGCUACAGCUGUGUGUAUUCAAUUUCUAAUUACUCUCUCAGUGAGUCCAGUCUGCCUGCUACAUUGGACCCACACCAAUUUGCCUACUGCCGCAACAGGUCAAUGGAGGACGCCAUUUCUACGGUGCUCCACACUUUAGACAAACUCUUCUCCUCCCCCAUCACCCAGAACACUGGCAUGCCACAAGGCUGUGUGCCAAGUCCUCUUCUGUACUCUCUGUUCACCCAUGACUGUGUUCCUGUUUAUGGCUCUAAUUCCAUAAUCAAGUUCGCAGGCAACACCACAGUGAUAGGUCUUAUCAGAGGAUACUGGUGGACUUUUACCGCUGUGUCAUUAAAAGCAAACUCACAAACUGCAUCUCGGUGUGGUGCGGCAACUGCUCUGCAUCUGACCGCAAAGCCCUCCAGCGGGUGGUGUAAACUGCCCAACGCAUCACAGUUACUCACCAUUGACACAUUUACCACAAGCACUGCCUGGGCAGAGCGAGGAACAUCAUCAAGGAAGUUUCUCAACCUAACUAUGGACCCUCCUCCCAUUCUGGCUGUCCACUCCCUCACCAGCAAGCUCAAGAAGAGCUUCUUCCCUGAGGUUGUGACCUUGCUGAGCUCCACACUGCCACUUUAA